AUGGCGCAGUCAUCAACUCCACCGUGCUCACCGAGAGUGUCUGCAAGAUCUCCCCCCAGUUCACCCAGUCUGCUUUCUAAAAUAAAAGAAAACGAGGAUGAUUUUGCAGUUUCGUCAGAUUCAGACGCGUGGUCUCUUAACUCGGGCCGAUCAUCACAACUUUAUCGAUCUGGAAGUAGUGUUAGAGACAGCUUUAGCAGCAGUGGGACUAGUCUGUACAACAGUGGGAGGCAGACUAAGUCAGGCAGUGUUGGGAAAGUGAUGGAAGAUCCAUCAAGUGAGAAUAUAGUGAAGAGAGAGGUGGCGGACAGUUCCAGGGGUACAAGCGGGAGCACAUCCCCGUUGAUGCCGAGAUCUCGAAGUAGAAAAUUGGAUGACUCUAUAGAACUUCUUCCGGUGUCAUCAGACUCGUAUUUUUCGAGACAUAGAGGGAUGUUGGAAAGUGGAGAUGAAACGCCAGAUUUAACGCCGUCUAACGGCAGUCCGAGUGCACAGAGACUUCACAAGAGAAAUCGGAGGAGAAGCGGGCAUCAUAGCAGAUCACGGUCGAGGAGUCGGACGCGUGAGGAAGUAGAAAUAUCACCAAGCGCGCAAAUUUUUAAGAAUCUAUUGAUUUUAGAGGAGUCUUUAAGACAGCAGAAUGCUCAGCAGAGCCGGAUCAAGACAAAAUAUACGGUGUUCUUGCUCUGUAUGCUAAUAGUGCUUUCUUUAACCGCGUAUGUGUGUGCUUUCGGUGACCAAGCAGAGCAUUCUGGGUCGAAAAUAGAAUACUGGCGAAUUUUCUGCCAGGUCGUCUGCAGUAUCGAUUCGCUAACUCUCGUCUUGUACUACAUCAGUGGUGAAUACAAUCGGACAAUUGCACAGCCUCGCCGGUUUCUCACGUACACAAACAAGGGCAUUCGCAGGCUCAACAUCAGGUUGGUGAAAGUACACGUAAAGACGACAGAUAGAUUUCUGGAUUUAAUUAAAGUGUGCCUCACAUUUCCUACGAUACUGAUCAAAUGGCAGUGCAGACAGCUACUUCGUGUUAUUCCUCGGUGGCAGUCUCUUAUAAAGCUCAACAACUGGCUUGUUGAGUUUGAGGCAAAGCUUCAAACCUCAUCUGCAAGAGGAGGUGUUGAAAGUGUUAAAAUAGUGCUUAAUCCUCGUGUUUUUUCGACUGGGACUAGGGAGCAAUGGGAGCUAUAUAGAAACGAGUUCUGGAAUAAGGAGACAAUUCGUCGCAGGCGUCUUCUUCAACUCAAACAGCAGUAA